AUAGAUAAAUAUAUUUGUUGUAAGUUCUCGAUAAAUAUAGAUGUUAUUGAUAUAAGUUAAAAAAAAAUUAUGCCAUAGAUAAAUAUGUUGUUAUAGAGAAACAGAGACUGCGCUACUCUGAUAAGUUAAAAUGUUAUAAAUAUUAGUUAUAAGUUAUUAAUAUAAGUUACUGUUGUAUGUUAUAGAUAAAUAUGUUAUUGUAAUAUGUAAAAGAUAGAUGUAAGAUAUAGAAAAAUAUAAGUUAUUGUUAGACAGAGGCCGGAGGAAACUUUGUCUCUGCAGAUGUUUCAAUAAACUUUAGUCAGUUAAAAUCAUGACGGACUGAACUUCCUGUUGUUUCUUUCUUCUUCUCCUGUUUCUGUCUCAGGACUUUAACUCACUUCCUGUUGACGGCAGAGAAUCUGAUCUGAGAUCUGCUGCUGUCGACACAAACUGAACGAGUUUUACCUGCAGAAACUCUCAGCAGCCUACAAACUGAUCCUGUUACAGCUUCCUGCUUAUAUUUCUGUUUCUAUCCUUCAACAUGAGCCACCUGAUCCUCAGACACAAGGCUGCGGUGCUGCCUCCUGUCUACAGUUUAGUCGUUGCUGAAUACAUCCACGUCCUGCAGGUGGAGCUGUUGGGUAGCUAACUGACAAAGCUAACGUUCGCAUGCUAACACAGAAGAUUUUCAAAUUACGUUUUAUUAAAAUUACACAACAAAACUAUAAUUAUAAAAAAUUAGAACAUGAAUGACGUAGUUAGCUUAGCAUCAUCAGAAACUUCCCUCUCAUUAUAAACUGUGAUUAAAGCUACCACACAGAAAUUAAAAGUUAAUAAACAUUUAUAAAUAUUCAUCUUUGAGCCUCUAAAACAGAAAUGUUUGGAUGUUGUUUGGAUGUCAGGACAGAUGUUUGCUAAAAACAGAUUUACACAUUUAAUGAAUUCUUUAUCAACUGAGACACUUCUGAAGUUCAGUGACCUGAUUUAAACCAAUGGGUUGAAGGUCGUUACUGAGUUUAUGUUCAGACUAACGUUCAAAGGCGAUGAUGGUGGACAGGUGGACAUGUGGACCGGAGGACAUGUGGACAGGUGGACCGGAGGACAUGUGGACCGGAGGACCAGAGGACAUGUGGACAGGUGGACCAUAGGACAGGUGGACCGGAGGACAUGUGGACAGGUGGACCGGAGGACCAGAGGACAUGUGGACAGGUGGACCAGAGGACAGGUGGACCGGAGGACAUGUGGACAGGUGGACCAGAGGACAUGUGGACAGGUGGACCAGAGGACAGGUGGACCGGAGGACCAGAGGACAUGUGGACAGAUGGACCGGAGGACCAGAGGACAUGUGGACAGGUGGACCGGAGGACAUGUGGACAGGUGGACCAGAGGACAUGUGGACCGGAGGACAUGUGGACAGGUGGACCAGAGGACAUGUGGACCGGAGGACAUGUGGACCAGAGGACAUGUGGACAGAUGGACCAGAAGACAUGUGGACCAGAGAACAUGUGGACAGGUGGACCAGAGGACAUGUGGACCAGAGAACAUGUGGACAGGUGGACCAGAGGACAUGUGGACAGGUGGACCAGAGAACAUGUGGACCAGAAAACAUGUGGACCAGAGGACAUGUGGACAGAUGGAUCAGAGGACAUGUGGACAGGUGGACCAGAGAACAUGUGGACAGGUGGACCAGAGGACAUGUGGACAGAUGGACCACAGGACAUGUGGACAGAUGGACCAGAGGACAUCUGGACAGAUGGACCAGAGGACAUGUGGACAGAUGGACCAGAGGACAGUGAAGGUGAACAUAUCAGAUGGCUGCUGGAGAAGAAAUGACUCAGACUUCAAUUCAGUUCUUAACUUUUAUUUUUUGACAUCACAUUUUCGUCCUCUUACAUUUACAGAGACUGGUUCCCUCCGCCAGUUAAACCAGUCCAACCAGUUCCACUGGAUUCAUUUAAGGCACAUUAAAGGCGAUUCAUUCACUUAUUAACAAAAUAAUGAAGAUUUUUGGUCUGAAGAUAAACAAACAAACAAACCUGUCAACAACACAAACACACAUUCAUAUACUUCUGUCUUUGCGAGGACCUUCACAGACAUAUUGCAUUCCUAAGCCCAUUACCCUAACCCUGACCUUGACCACCACAGCUAAAUACCAAACCCCGUCCCCGACCCCGACCCUAACCUAAACCUGAUUAUAACCUGAACCUUAAAUCAAGUCUGUGCCCUCUAACAGGCUGCUAAAGAGGAGCAAAGCGGCAAAAAUGUCCUCAUUUACCAAAAUGUCCUUGCUCUGUUCAAAAAAAGUUUCGGUCCCCACUAUGUAGCAAAUACAAUCAACACACACACACACACACACACACACACACACACACACACACACACACACACACACACACACACACACAAUUUGAUUCAGAGUUUCACCUGUCGGGUCCCUCAGUCUGAUCUGGACAUACACCUGCAGCUGUCAGGUGACCUCAUGUUAGAGUCUUUGGACCAACAGCUCUGAUAAGGACACUUGGAGAUACAAUCGAUCAAAGUAUUGAUUGUUUUGGCUGAAAGCUGAUCAGGAUGCAGAUUUUAAAGAUAAACUCUGCAGGAUUUUCAUAAAAAUGAACAUAUACACUCACAGAGUCGUCACAAUGACCCGCUCUCAGUGUGGUGGUGAGUUUAUCUGCAGAGACUCUGCUCUCUGACUGGAGUUUAUUACUCUCUGCUUAUUCUGCCGUGUUCAGGACGUUCCUGGUCACAGCGCUUAGGUGAGGUCGGGACUUUGUAAAAAAGGUGGCAACCAGGUGCCAGACCGUCAGCAGCACGCAUCCGAGAGGAAGCUACAAAAAACGCGGACACAGAAGGAUAAAGAGCAAAUACAGGAACAAGAGUGAACCUGGGGUCAGAUUUCACUUUGACUGGUGAGUACGUGCAAGGGACGGCUGUGAUUUAUUAAAGUGGGGCUGUAUGACGCAUUUAUCCACAGUCACGUCCUACAAACACACUAACUGAUGGAGGCAGCAGCAGACCAGCAGCUCCUGUGUUCACUGGUGUUAAGUCACUGGAGUCUGGCUGAGAAGAGAGAGAUAUAACAGCUUUAUUCUCCUGUUGGAAAUCACUGUCUGUUUCUCCAAACUGGAGAACUGACAUCUACUGUAGGUGACACACUGUCUACAGAUAAAUACCUCAUAUAAACACACUUUAAUAAAUCCAAACUGUCCCUUUGACAAACAGUAACUGUCACUUCCUGCAGAGUUUACCUUUAAAUGAAUCACAGAACCCACUGAUUGUAUCAAAAAUAAA